AUGUUUUCAACACCCAGCACCAGUUUGCAGUGUUUGUUGGCGUUACCUGAACCGCAAUCCAAUGGACCACCAUUUUUUUCACCAUCGGCCUUGGCGCAGUUUCCAUUCUAUGGUGCUGGUCAGUUGGGGAAAUGGUCGAUCAACAGGGGUGCAGGUCUCACAUCCGAUGAUCUGUGCGUUGGUACCACUGGCAUUGGCAGCUUUCUGGCGCCCCUCUUGGAGGUGACAUUCCUCCAGGAGCUAUUGGUUCUGGCCACCUUCGCCUUUUCUUUUACUUUGUGGCGCCGCCUGAAGCCAGCGCGAAAGGAGGCGCUGUUCGCUUCCUGUGCGACGAAGCCCAAAGAUGGCCUCCCCGUGCCACAAAAGGUUUUGAAGACUCAAGAGGAUUUUACAGAAGAGGAGCAGGAACAUGCCAAAACGACUGAGAAGGAGAUGCAAAACUUGUUGGCACGGGUCCCAGGAAUUGGUACGACAGGAUCUGAUGGCCAACUACGGAUGGGAACCACCCCUUGCUACUUCAUCUUGUUGGUUGCUACAGAGAUUUGGCGUGUUGAGAUGGGUUGA